UUGGAAUUUGCGGUUUUUUGGAGAGAUUCAUUGCACAUUCACAAUCCCACCUCAAAUUCAUACUCCAAAUAUGAAUUAUUUUUCCCUGAAAUCGACCUCUACGACCCCCUUUUCUUAUUUUAUUCAUUAAUCCAUUCUAUAAUCCAAAUAUAUAUACUCUGUUCAAUCCAUUUCUUCUUCCCAUAAUCACAAAUUUCCCUUGUUCUUCCCUUUUUCCCCCUUUUCCUAUUGGGGUUUUCUCCAAAUGCUCUUCUUCUUCCUCCCAUUUCUCAUUUCUUCUUUGAUUUCUGAGUUUGAUUUCUGCUUUCCGACACCAUUUUCGCUUCCGUUCUUGUGGAUUGUUGCUCUGUUUCUGUCGCUAUGCCUGCCCUCGUCAAUUACGGUGGUGAUGAUGAAUGUUACCCUGGGGGUUCCUUUUACUCGAGCCCCAUGGAUUUGGAUGGCUUGCUACCAACUAGCUCUCAUGUUGAUCUGUAUUUUCGUCCUAGUAAGAGAGCUCGGAUCGGUGCCUCGGUUGUGUUUCGAGGACGAGAAUUUGAGCAGGAGUGUAAACAAUCCAUUGAUGUUCUUCCUGAUGAAUGUCUCUUUGAGAUCUUUAGGCAUUUAGACAGUGCUAGAGAGAGGAGCUCUUGCGCAGGCGUUUCGAAACGAUGGCUUAUGCUUUUGAGUACUAUUCAUAAGGAUGAAAUCUGCAAGAGUAGAAGCACGUCGAACGUUCGGAUGGUUGAGGAGUCGAAGCCUGAAUCUGAUCGAGAAGAUGAAAGUAACGGUUUUCUUACGAGAUGUUUGGAAGGAAAGAAAGCUACUGAUGUAAGACUUGCUGCCAUUGCAGUAGGAACUAGUGGAUGUGGUGGUUUGGGUAAGCUUUCUAUUCGAGGAAGUAACUCUACGCGUGGAGUUACCGACCUCGGUCUUUCAGCAAUUGCCAAUGGUUGCCCUUCUCUUCGGAUGCUUUCUCUGUGGAACGUAUCGUUGGUUGGGGAUGAAGGAUUGUUCAAAAUCGCUAGAGAAUGUCGCUUGCUAGAGAAACUUGACCUCUGCCACUGCCCUUCGAUCUCGGACAAAGGUUUGAUCGCCAUUGCUGAGCGAUGCACGAACUUGACCUCUUUAAGCAUUGAAUCAUGUCCGAAGAUCGGAAAUGAAGGUUUGCAAGCAAUUGGAAAAUUAUGUUCGAAACUUCAGACCAUCUCUAUCAGAGAUUGUCCUCGUGUCGGGGAUCAAGGUGUUUCGAGUCUAUUCGCGUCAUCUUCUUGUGCCAUAACGAAGGUGAAGAUCCAAGCAUUGAACAUAACGGAUUUCUCUCUCGCCGUGAUCGGACAUUAUGGCCAGGCCAUAACACACCUAACCCUCAGUGGUCUUCAGAAUGUUAGUGAGAAGGGCUUUUGGGUCAUGGGCAGUGCACGGGGCUUGAAGAAACUGACGUUGUUGACGAUUGCUUCUUGCCGAGGGAUGACCGAUGUGAGUCUCGAAGCGAUUGGAAAGGGAAUUGCAAACCUGAAGCAGAUGUGCAUUCAGAAGUGUUGUUUUGUUUCUGACAAUGGAUUGACAGCUUUUGCUAGAGCUGCGGGAUCGCUCGAGACGUUGCAAUUAGAAGAGUGCAACCGAAUCACCCUAUUAGGCGUCGGUGGUGCCCUCUCGAACCAUAUUCGGAACUUGAAGUCUCUUACUCUGGUGAAGUGCAUGGGGAUCAAGGAUAUAGCUCAAGAAGUAACAUUGCCCUCUCCUUGCACCUCCCUCAGGUCCUUAUCUAUCCAAAACUGCCCUGGCUUUGGCAGUGCCAGUCUUUCAAUGGUUGGGAAGCUAUGUCCUCAACUUCAGCAUGUUGAACUGAUUGGUCUUUACGGUAUCACGGACGCCUCAAUGCUUCCACUUCUCGAGACGUGCGAAGAGCUAUUGAAGGUGAACCUUAGCGGCUGCAUAAACUUGACCGACGAAACAAUAUCGACCUUGGUUAGACUGCACGGAGGAACGCUCGAAGUUCUGAAUCUCGACAGUUGCAGAAAGAUCACUGAUGCUAGUUUGGUAGCUAUUGCAGAUGCGUGCUUGUUACUAAAUGAACUAGACGUUUCGAAGUGUGCAAUCACCGAUGCAGGACUCGCAGUUCUUUCAUCUUCAGAACAGAUAAAUUUGCAAGUUCUUUCCUUGUCGGGUUGUUCCGAAGUAUCAAACAAGAGCUUUCCUUUCCUGGAAAGAUUGGGGAAGUCACUUCUCGGUUUGAAUCUCAAAAACUGUCACUCAAUCGGCAGUGGCAUGGUCGGGAUGAUCGUCGAGAACUUGUGGAGAUGCGACAUCCUCGUCUAACCGUGGAUAGUUACAGCGACAUGGUCUUUUUCACACAGAUAGCAGCAUUCAACAGAGGGCGUCCCGACAGCGUAUUCUUUUCGUGGCUCGGUUGUUUUAGGGAACUAUGGCCAAUUACCUUAAUUUUUGCAAGCUUUCAGCUUGUUUGUCUGUUUUUUGGUCUCCAUUGAUGGGAGGCCUCCUCUUUGAUGGCCAUGGCUUCCUAAGAACACACAGUUACCGAGUGACAGUUAAGAAUUGCCUGUCUUUGUACGCGCACUGAUGUAGCUACUGGUUUUGUCGAGAUGAAUGUUCUAUAACUAGCUGUUUUAGCUUACAGAUACGUUACUUUAAUGCAUCUGGUACAAGCUU